UUUCAACGAGAGAGAAGAAAGAAAGAGGAGGGGGGAGUUUUGAUUCCAUCAGCUAUAUAUAGUUUUCUCUAUGUGACGACGGCGAGAGGAGAGCGGGGCAAAUGUGAAAUGGCACCAUUGAAAUAUUUGGAGCAAGAGUAUCCCAUAUUAGACUCCAACUUCCAGAACUUCUGUGCUACUCACGGCAUUUUCUCAGGUCCGUUUCCCCCCUCCAACUUUUCCCGCAUUUACUCUCCCAUCCUCACGCCAUCGUUUACUUUCCUCGGAGUUCGCUUUGCUCCAAUUUUACUUCUCUUUUGGCGCUGCUCCUUGUUUGACUGCUCCGAAUUGAAGGAUACGAGAAGAAAACAUAUGAAAUUUAGAGCUCUACAUAAGAAAACAGAAGAUCAGGAGGAUUUACUCUUGCAUGACCUCCAUGUAUUGGUUGCUUUUGCAGAGCAACAAUCGACAUCUGAGAGAUUAAAGCAGGGCAUUACCCAAGUCCUCUCUAUCAUUGAUGGUCAGCAUCAGCCGUGGUUGAAUGGUAUGGAGCUGUUGGAAGAUGCUCAACUGAAUAAACAUGUGUUAUCCACUGGUUGUGAGGGGAUUGAUCUUUUACUUGAAGGUGGAUUACGCAUGGGACAGUUAACUGAACUUGUUGGGGCUUCAUCGUCUGGUAAAACACAGGUUUGCCUUCUAGCCACCUCAAAUGUUGCAAAAAAGCAUAUGGGCGGUGUUGUAUACUUAGAUACAGGCAACUCCUUUUCGCCCCAACGUGUUAUAGACUUUAUUCGUCAGAAUUCUGACCCUGCCAUUGAUCAGGCUAAACACAGAAUUCUGCAGAAGGUAAUGAAUAGAAUAUUAUGCCACUCAGUAUUUGACAUCUUUACAAUGUUUGAUGUGCUACAUCAGCUGGAAGUCAAUCUGAGAUCUCAGAUGCAGAAAGGAGAUUGUCAGGUGCGGCUGCUUAUAGUUGAUUCGAUAUCAUCACUGGUUACGCCAAUCCUUGGAGGAGGUGGUUCUCAGGGACAUGCAUUAAUGGCUUCUGCUGGAUUUCUGCUGAAGAAAUUAGCACAUGAGCAUAAUCUUGUCGUAUUGGUGACGAAUCACACUGUGGGUGGAGAGGGAGGUAUCUCUAAACCAGCUCUUGGAGAGAGUUGGAAGAGCAUCCCACAUGUUAGGCUUCGGCUUUCCCAUGACCAAGGAAGCAGCAUCUACAAUGUUUCUGUAUUUAAACACCCAUCCAUGGUUUCUGGUAAGGCUGCAAGGUUUACGAUUUAUGACUAGUGAUGUGGAUUAUACUUGAACCUGGCCAGUUCUCGGGUGAAAUAUCUGGGGUGGCAGAGAGUCAUACAAGGAAGAUAGUGAUACUCUUGAUAAACUCAAAUUGCAGAAAUGCAGCUGUUUUGUCAUAUCAUCAAGAACUAGCAAUUUUGUGUAAGUUUUGUUUUUUUCAUUAUUGUCUUUAUUUAUAGGGUGCGGAAGCUGUUUUAGUUAGAAGCACAUACUCUUGACUAAAUCUGUUAAAACUCAAAGCACAUACUUUUAACUUGUACUUACUGGAGAUAAUA